AUGGAACCGUGGUUGGACUCCCUCUCGGAGGACUGGAAGUCCGAACAACGCUCCUCGUCACCUGCUCCUUCUCUACCUCUCCGCCGCCAACGUGGCAGCCUAUCCCUCUCACAAUCAUCUCAAAGUCGCAUUCCUCACCUUGCUAACAGCAUGCGCAAGGACUCUUCAAACUCCAUCAACAGUACACGGAGAGAUUCCACCACCGGAACUUAUCUCAGACUCCGCUCUACCAAAGGCAAGGCCAAGUCGAGAGGCGAGCCCGCUCUACAAGAACGUACUCCUUCGAGCUUAAAUGCUCUUGGUCCUUCUGGAUCCCACAGACAACCCAGCUUACCCCGACGCACAUCAAGUGUUUUCUCUGAAUCUCAAAACUCUGUCCAGCACCAUUCUGUCCGAGAACCUUUCUCAGAUGCCGAGACACCUGAAUGGAAAAAGAGACUCGUCAAAGGCGAAGAUCUCACUAGUGAUGGAUUUGAUCUCUUUUCUCCUUCCAAAUUGGAGGGCGUGUUUAAAGAACCUAUUGCCACACAGCUCCGCAGUGAAAAUGAUUCUCAGCACCUCGAAUCAGAACCUCAGCAAACAAAACCAUUCAGCCUUCCACAAUCAAACGCCUUCCCACAACAGUUCAGCAGCUUUCGUCCAAUGCGGAACCAUAGGCCUGACCUGGAAGUUCUUCAAGAAGUUACCGAAGAUGAAGAAUCAAAUCCUCGCGACAUUUCUGCCAUGUCUUCCGAACAUGGCCUCUCAUCUCUACCUGGUCUUGUUAGCCAUCGUGUGCGUUCAUUUGAGCGGACCAGAUCGGCCAAUUCCGGAACUACAUCUCCCAAACACUCCAGCGUUCUUUCAGACAAGGCAGAGAGUGUUAUCGACUCCAGAAUCAGAACCGUCAGUGGCCGCCGAGAGAUGGAGAAUGAAUUCAUCAGCCCCAUCACCAUCUCCAAGCAGAAUUCCAUUCGUGCCUCUGUCAUGCGCAGCUCCCUUAGUAUGGAUGUCAAAGAGUUGCAAUCCAAAUUGGAGGCUGCUGCUGCCGCCACUCAAGACGAUCGCCCAACUUCAAGUUCUAGUGACAAGGAAAUCAGUUAUGGUCAUGUCAGUGUACUUGCAGAUGACGACAAGAUGGACCACACAUGGCCAUCUUCUUUCCCAUCUGACCUUUCCGUCGGUACAGAAGGUUUCUCAACCCAAAAGGCCAACCUGAAUGGAAUACUUCAACGACUAGCUCGUUCAGCCACCCCUUCCACAAGAGAAUCAUCCAUGAUACAUAGAGAUCAGACAAACCGCUCUUCUCGCGUUGUCUCUGCACAUGGUGCUUCAAUGAGCAUCAACAGCUCACCACCACAGCACUCUCAUCUGAUGGAUGAUACCUUUGAGCAGAGCGGUGUCAGUGCAAGUGUACUUGAGUCCCCACCUGACACCAGUGUCAUUCACCACAUCGAUGCUCAUGUCAGACCGUCGUCAUCUGGGAGUCCUCUGAAGCUUUUCGGAAACAGAGACACAUACACGAACAACAAGCUGAAUAGAAUUCUGAGUCAGUUCGAAGAAACAACAGAAAGCAGUUUUGAUGACCUUGGUGAUAAGCUCGCCGCAAAGACAGAGUCCAUUCUCCUGAUGAGUCAAUUUGGUCUUGGUGAUCUCGACGACUUCGGUUUCGAGAACCAGAUCCCUCCACCUUUACCCAUCCAGGCAGCAACUUUUGCAUCAACCGACCGUAUCUUCAGGUCAAAGGUUGACGUCUCUACUCUGCUUCAGAAAUCACCUCGUCUUGCCACAACUUUUGCAAGAGAUGUCCAAGCGCAACACACUGCACCUCAAAGCCCUGCAACUUUGAGAAAUGACAGGUCCACAACAAAGAGGCGUAAGACGCUUCUGGACAGUCAUGUUUCCGUCCAAAACCAGGAUAUUGAAGUCAAGAUCACCCAGAUUGACGACGUUGCAACCUUGGCUGGUACCAAACGAAAGGAUGCCAGACCUGGCAAUGAUAGUGUCUUGGCUAACUCAGACAUCCUCCUCUCCAGACUUCGAUUGAGACCUGCGUCUGCAACCCAAAGAUCACUUAAAACUGUUCCAUCAGUUCCAGCUACCAUUGAACAGCCUGUCGUCGAUGACAAGCAGCUCAAAGAAGCUGUUGCCACCGAACUUGCCAACUUUGCCCAUGAAGUUAUGGACGUGGCCAAAGACUCCCGCAAACCAUCAAUGGGAACCAAGGACUACCUGGAAGAAGCAAACAAAGUCAUGGAAUUCAUCCGCUCCAAAGGAAAGCCUCUUGUCCACCUCACCACCAUCCGUAGUGAGACCACAAAGGACGAACACAUUGAUGAAGACUCUGAUCCUGAUUCCACCAAAGACUCUUUCACCAGGCCUCCUUCCAGAGAACAUGUUCGGAAGCCACGUGCUGAUCCUCGUCAUGCCAGACACAACUCCAGGGUGGCUAGUCAUCUUCGCAAAUUCAGAGACGAAGAAGACACAGACAACUUGACCAACUUCUCAGCAGCAUUUGGUCCAACAUCUGCCAAAGGAGAUAUCUCUCCAGCAGACAGCAUCUCAAGACUCAACUCCAUCUCAGUUGUAUAUGAGGAGCAAGAAAGCAACCCUCCCAACAUGCACAUCUUGAACCCUGAGGAGACGCUUAGAAAGCGCAAGCACUCUGCAUCAACCAUCGAAGGAUCGAUUGUAAAUCAACGUCCUCAGAGUCAAGACUCUUCUCAUCACUCCACACAAAACACUUUCCCUACCAACUCAACUGCUUCUGGACCAAAGGGCGUCAUCCCCUCAGGGACCAUCUCCAUUCCAGACCAAGUUGCUGGCUUGACCUUUGACAAGGAGAAGAAGCUGUGGGUGAAGAAACUGCAAGCCAGUGCAGAACAACCACGUUCACCAGUCACUGAGGAUGAUCCAUUUGACAGCAUCCCGGACUUGAGUGUCAAUGAAACACGUGAGAACGCAGUCAAGGUCGAUCCCAAGACCGUUCCUGCUGCCAUCGCACGUGAGAAACAACCCAGGGCGGUGACAAUAGCAUUCUCAUCUCCAGUUGUCUCUGCUGUCAACUAUGUCAACAUCUCUGAAGACGAUAUCGAGAGCCUACCCCGUGAAGAAGACCUUCCUGUUGAUGACUCUGAAAUGGAGUUCAGUGAGCUCAGUGUCAUCAAGCACAGCCUCAAAGCAGACCAACCCCCAGUCAUCUCUGUCGAGGAGAUUCACAUCAAUGGAGCUGAUGAUCCUCCAAAGCCUGCCUUUCAGACACGGACUAUUUCUCCAAUCGAAGAGCAGGAUGAGGAACCAGAGGCUACCAACAUGAGUCUCGUUCCUAUCACCAGAUCAACUGACUUGAUUGCAACUCCUCAACGAGCAGUGAUUAAGCAUCACAGAAGUGCAUACCGUGCUCCAAGCAUCCUCUGCUUGACUCCUCUCUCGGACUUUACUCUCCAUCAAGUUGAUGUGGGCAAGAAUCCAGACUUGAGUUACGUUUCGGAAAGAAAGCACCCACAAGCACUUCGUCAAGCACAUGGAAGCUUGAGUCUCGCCAAUGAUCAACUUGUCAAAGCCAUCACUAACGCUGCUGGUGGCGAGCUUUUCUGGGAUAAGCUCCGCCAACUUGAUAUUCUACCUGGCAAAGUGUCUUCCGUUCAUAGUCUGAAGAAGUACUGCCCAGUUCUUGAAGAUGUGUCGAUGUCUGACAACAUCAUUGAGCACGUUACUGGCAUGCCCAAGACCGUCCGAACUCUUGAUCUCCACAACAACAUGCUGACCAACUUGACAUCAUGGAAUCAUUUGGUCAAUUUACAAUACCUUGAUGUAUCUGGAAACCAGCUUGAUUCACUUGAUGGAUUUAGCUCUCUAGUACAUCUUCGAAGCUUGAAAGCAAACAACAAUCAUAUCACCAAUAUUACCGGCAUUCUGAACUUGAAAGGUCUCAUUGAUCUUGAGGUUCAUCACAAUGACAUCUCAGUUGUCGACUUCUCAGGAUCUCAACUUCGUCGUUUGAAGACCUUGGAUCUCAGCAACAACAAGAUCAAAGAAGUCAAAAAUCUUCACAAUCUCUCAAGAUUGGAGGAACUAGAUGUCAGCAAUAACGCCAUUGAGAAGUGGUUGUCAGAAAAGACAGAUCGCAGCAUUUCUCUUCGCAAGCUUCAAGCAUCUCACAACAUGCUAGCAAGUAUCCAUCUGAAGAAUAUGCCUACCCUCAAGUUCUUGGAUCUUGACAACAACAGCAUUAACCAGGUUUCCGAUUUGUCAAACUCAUACAAUCUCGAAUCCCUUUCAUUGAGAGAUCAAGACAAUGCACCAGACAUUGUCAAUCUCAUAUUAUCAACACCGAAUGAAUGUCGUCACAUUCGGUUAUCAUCAAACGAAGUGGCUGAUGGUUCAAUCACAUUACCAACUUUACCCCAACACAAUGUCAGGGAACUGGAACUUGCAGCCUGUGGCAUUUCCGAUCUGCCCGAAAGAUUCGGGUCUUACUUCCCCAACUGUCGAAAACUCAAUCUCAACUUCAACGCCAUCAAAGAUGUGAUACCACUCAGAGGCAUGCAGAAGAUAACUCACCUCUUCAUUGCCCAGAACCGAAUCAGCAGGUUAAGACGGACCUGCAUACUAUUUUCCAAACUCACUCAUCUGAGGGAGAUUGAUAUUAGAGAGAACCCCUUGACUUUGGGGUUCUACGUCCGAAGAUUGGACGAAAUCACAGCAAUGAAGAGACGCACCAUGGAGCUGCUCCUCUCGGAGAAUUGCAAGAACUUGGUGGACUUCAACGGAAUGGAGCUAUGUCGAUCUGAUGAAAUGAAAUCAGAUGCCCUAUUCAAAAAGCUCACCACGCGUGGUGUUAUUGGGGAGCCGGCCGCGAGUGACGGCGCUGUAUUCAAUUAG